CACAAUGUCGAACACGUGCCGUACCUGUGGGGGGUCCUCCUUCACGGUGGACUGCGCGGUCAAAAUGUGCGACCAGUGUGGCACAGAACAAACACAUUACGCAGAGUACAUGAGUCAGGAGAUUUUCACGGAGGUGGAUCGCUCUCGGUAUGCGUCGCAGCUUGCCGAUGAAAGAGAUGAUGUCGAUUCGGUGGAUUCUAAACCUAAAGAGGCAGUUCAGAAUGACUGGACAACAUAUGAAGCCUUUAACAUUGUCUUGUUUGAGUGGACACAAGCGUUGCGUGCCAGUGGAGCUUCCAAGAACUUUCAGGAGAUAGUGUUCAGGCUGUGGGUCACAUACCUGCAGCGUAUGGAAGUGGCUUUCAUGCCUUUGGAGGGGAAUAAGGACUUCAAACCUAAGGCAUCCAUUAUGGAGAGUGUAAGAGACCUACAGUUGAUACACGGUGGGCAAGAGCAGGUAGUUUCAACCUCGUCCAAGCGCCAGCGGAAGACCCCUAACAAAGAGGAGUCGUUGGAUAAGUUAAAGAAGAAGGUGGAAAACAGGAAAUUAAGGAAAAUAAACGAGAAUGCCCUAAGUAAAUAUCUAGCACAGGAAAUGAGUAAGUCGAUCAUAGAGAUGGCAGAAGAGUCGUCAGACGCUGAAUCGGGGAUUGGCGACACUAAUGGGAGCAAAAGAGGUAUAAAGAGGAAAAACAGAUCAGCUUGCAGCAGCAUCACAGAAGAUGAUACAUUGGAGGGCAAGACAAACUUAAACAGGUCCAGGUCACAGAGCUCGGCAAGUUGCAGCAUUGCAGGGGAUGAUAUUUCAGAGGCCAAGGAUGGUGUUGACAAUUUCAAAACCCCAGUCCUGUGCCGCAAUUCCUUCAUCAGCAAGCAUGUCAACAAAUACCGGAAAGAAAAGGAUUUACAAAACGAAAAAACAAGUCACGCUGACAAGGCACACGCUGCUGCAUCCAACAGCUUUUCGAUGACAAAGCUCUACAUCCAGGGCAGAAUGCCAUUCCAUCUGAAUUACAAGAAGCUCUUGGGUCUGCUGUAUCUUGCCGUCCUUCUCUCAGAGGAGGAGAUUUUGCUGAUGGAUAUUAUCAGAUGGUGCCGAGAAGGCCACAUCCCCUAUGUGUCAGCGCAGAACCUACUGAAUCAGGACAUGAAAAUGAUCCGGGAAGACAUGCCAGUGUUCAGGAAGGUGGUUGUCCCCAUGGCUGAUGCGAUCCAAGAAGUUGCAGGGAAGAUGGCUGCCUUCCUUUCAGUCCAGUACAUACCACUCCCUAGGGAGGAUUUGAUCAUUGAGAGGAUUGUGGAGAUCCUUCGGUUGCCAGAGGCUGUGAGCUCCAUGGCCAAAGACCUGGUACAUCACGGCAAGUGCAAAAUCGACCACAGUUUCUGCUUGCGUGUCCCCGACUUGGAAGCGAUUGCCAUGGCUUCUGUUAUUUCCAUCGUGAAACUGUGCUGUGGCCUUGAUGGCUUUCAAGAAGUAAGGCUCUCGCAAGCAGCGAAGAUUAUGAAUGAACGCCAUAAGGACAAACCCGCCUGGACACAGCUCUUUUCCUGGGAGGAGUGGGAAAGGCACAUGAAUUCUCUGGUGUGGUUUUGUAGCCAAGUGAAUGCAGUAUUUGCACACCAUUUCAAGUCAUUUGGCACUGGAGGAGUCAAUGCCAAAAUUCUUUCUCAGUUUUAUUGGGAAGAAGGGAUUUGGAGAACACCAAAGACUAUUACAAACUAUGGGCAUAGUGAGGCUGCUUACAAGAUAGUAGAGAAGUUUUUAGACUUCCAGGGAAAGCCCUUGGAAGAUAUGGUAGAUGAGGACACUGUUUUAAGAAUGUCUAGGAGUCCUCUUAUGGAUAUUGUGAGCCAUUUCUUGGUGAAGUUUAAGGAUGACAAAGAUAAAUCCAUUCAGCAGUUAGUUAAGAUUGGCAGGAGAUUGCAGAGGAAGACUUUCAAGACUCAGAAGAUAAACUGGGCAGCUGAUCUGAAAAAUGUCCAGGCAAAACUGUCAAAGUGUGGCUCCAACCUCAUUCUGCAGCCUCAGACUCUGUUGGAAAGCAAAGAUAGUCACAACAAGAAUAAUAAUAAGAGCUCUAAUUCCAAAAUCCAUUCCAAGAGUAACAUAGAUCUGGAAGGUCCCAUAUUGGACAAAUCAGAACAGAAGCUUUUGAUACCACAGCCUCACAGAAAUAUCUGGAGGGCCAACUGGACGCAUAAAAAUUGCCUUGAAGCAUGGAAUUCCUGUCCAGCGAUUUACAAGUGGAUAAUCAAUCUUGGCAGCCUGAUAACUGAGACACAUAGAAAUAGGCUAUUGUACUACAUUGAGAUUUUUGAAAAACUUAGUUAGGAAUGUCUUAAAGUUGUAGUUGCUGUACUGACUGAAGCCUGACUUCCAUAUUAAAAAAAAAAGAAUUAAAAAAAAAAGAUUAAAUGGAAGGUCACUGACCUUAGAAAUACUGACAAUUUUGGUUGUGUAUAUUUUGUUAUAGAAUAUAGAUAUUCCUUGUUAACAUUGUUAAUCUUGUAACAAAGUGAUGCCUUAGGACUUCCUCUAGUAAGACAUUGUAUGUAGAAAUGAUUACUUGACCUAAUGGAACUAUUUAUGUAACAUCAGUACUACUCUGUGAUACAACUCACUCUGUGAGAAACAUCGUUUGACUGCCAGUCUUGGUAGCCGUCUAAUGAUUCAGUUAGCAUUCAACUGUCAAAAUGCUAUUUCCAUUUAAAAUCUAAAAUAUUGGUCAGAAUAUUUCCUUAGUUGCUCUCUACAGAAAGCCACUUGUAGAGCACAAAGCCACUAUGUAGUUGAAACUGUACCAUCAAUAUAUUUAAAAAUAUACUAGGUAGAAACGUAUCUGGACAAAGUAC